CAGCGGGAGAAACUUCCCCGUGUCACUUCUGCUUGCUGAACAGCUUUGCAAAGACGGAAACAGUUUCGCUGCUGUUGUUAGGCGCUCCAUGAAUUUCUAUUAGAGACUGUAGGCGCUCAGAAUAGGAUACGGAGGUCCAGAAUCAUAAUAUUACUGGGACUAGACUGGAAGAUGCUGUUGAGAGUGACUGUAUAACGAUGGAGACGCACCUGUUGCGGUUCGUGGAGCGGGUCCGAUGUCUGUCCGACAGUGACAGCAGAGGAGAUCAACUCAUCUCCUCCGAGUUCAACAGAAUUUCGUCUCCAUGGAGUGAUCGAUCGACGUAUUACAGCAAGAUCCUCCAAGUCAGCUACAACCUUCGCCAGCAUUGCCGACAUGCUCAACAGUUGAUGCUGAAUCUCUCUCGCCAUGCCAUCCAAAACGAGUCCCUGAUCUGCGGCCCUGUCUGGGGUAUCAGCUUGAGCACAACAAAAAGAGAAGAAUAUCCCAGCUCUGUUGGUCCUCACAAUAAAAGUGAAUGGUGACCAGAACUCAGAAUGCCAAAAAAAGGACAUGCCACAGUUUUACAGAAGUGUCUGUUGCUUUUUGACUCAGUUGGCUUCAUAAGUGAAAGCAAGAAGGCAUUUAUGACAAGAACGAACUACAGUUCCUCAUUGAGUUUCUAAACAACAGUCAUUUAUUAACUAUGGGCAGUGUUCAGAGGUAGGUUUUAAAGCAUAUGUGGAAAGAAACAGCAGCCUAGGCUGUAGUGCUUGUGGUAAAAAGAAACAGAAGUGGGUAAGAAUGUACUGUGGGUUCUUUGACUGAGACACCAUUGAGAGAAUCAAACUGAAAACAGUACAUGUAAAUGUGUUUCUUUGGUAUUACAACAGAUAGCAGGUUUAGCCAUGAAACGUGAUUGCAGCCAUUUAUAGCCUUCAUAUGUUCAAUGAAUGCAAGUACAAAGUUGUUCAGAUUGUAGUCCAAAUUCGGAAGAGAUGUAGCAUUUUCGAGGCAGGAGUUCCCUGGUUUUUUAGAAUUGCCUUUUUCAAUUUAUGAGGAAAUAUGGUCUUUUGUUAACAUUAGCCUACUUGAAGAGACGUUCACGUUUUGUUCUACACCAUAAAUUACACACAGUCAUACCUCAAAUGUAAAUUUUGAAACCAUUGUGCACUUUAAAAAUGUAAGUUGCUAAAAAUUUGUUACUUAAAUACUACAAAUUUGUCAUGUAGUCUUCAUAAACAUAAAUUUAGCAACAUUUUAACAACACAGCGGCUUCAAAAUUCAUGUUUGAGGUAUUACUGUGUGCUUUAAAACUGUACGUUGCCAGCAAGUUGCUACUUAAAGACUACAAUGGCUGUCAGAUUUGUGAAGUACAUAAACUCAUGUCCUUGCAGUAGUUAUAGUCCUUAUUUAGCAGCUUAGGUUUUUAAUAACUCAGUGGUGUCAAUAUUCAUGUUUGAGGUGUGACUAUGUGCUUUAAAAACGUAAGUUGUUAGCAAGUUGUUACUUAAGGACUACAACGACUGUUCGAUUCGUCAAGGGCUUAAACUUGCAUCCUUGUGGUAGUUGUAGUCCUUAUUUAGCAACUUAGGUUUUUAAAAACACAGUGGUGUCAAAAUACAUGUUUGAGAUAUAAAUGUGUGCUUUUAAAAUGUAGGUUCAAACAACACAAGAAAUGUUAAUCUUUAGUCACCACCAUUAAUAUUAAAAUGUAUGUGUGACAGAAUGCUUGGUAUUUAACACUGUGAUAAGUUGUUUUAGUAUGCGGUUAUUAAAAUGCAGCCGGGUUGAGUGGAACUCACAGUUUUCGGGCAGGUUUCUUCUAGACCUCCCUAUUGAUGCUUCCGACCUAAAAGCAUCCAUCCACUUCCUUAAACCCAUCUCACCCAUUCUUGGGCAGGCUAACAGGGGCGGUGAUGCCCUGCCUUAGGUUGCCCCCCUUUUUGCCAUUGGAGAGCCUUACCCAUCAUUGGGUCAUCACCUCAUGCCAGUGGUCUCGAUACCGCUCAGUCCUAUUAGCCAAUCCUUAACAAUUUGGCAUCAGUAAACAGAUAUUUUCUUUUGUUUCAGGGAGUAUCACCUGAGAACCGUCACAGCCAAUGAAACCAUCUACAACUGCUUAAAUAUGGAGACAGUUCAGAACAUGGUUAAAUUCAAAAAGCAUUAUUCAAAUUCUAACAAUCUAUUAAAAUUGUCCAAAUUAAAAGUCAAAUGCUACAAUUGAACUCAUUUACAGAUCAUUAAUUUCCAUUCAGGUUGUAUUUCUGCUAUUUUAGCAAACGUCACAUAAGACCAUGCAUCACGGUGGGGACUAACAUCAGAACAAAACAAAAUAAAGGUAGCCUCUGUCAAGCUUCUAGGAAGCUUAAUUUAAAAACAUCACCUUAAUUCAAUAACAGUCUCUAGAUAGUUUUUGAACCUACAUUUAUUCUUUCAGAUGAACUUUCAACUGAAUCUCUUGUCUUUAGUAUAUACACUUAACUUCUUCACUUAACAUAUUGCCCUCUGAAUAUAUAAAAUCCUUAAUCAUGAUGAGGAAAGCUGUUUGAACCUCUCCUUCAUAUCACUGUAUCUAACAUUAUUGUCAAAUUGCAUCAUUUUCCAUAUAAAAGAAAAGAAAAUCAAAAGAAAAGAAAACAAUUUAGAGAUGUAAAUCAAAAGAAAAAUAAAACAAUUUAGAGAUGUGCCUUUAGCACACUUCAAAAACUUAUACUGAGAGUGAGAGAGAGAUAGUAGGGCAUGGGAGGAAUUCAGGAGGACAUUCCACUCCUUCACACUGUUUCUAAUCUUGUUACAGCUAUUCCUGCUUUUUCAUUUUAGAAUCUCACAGUGAUACAUUUAAGUUAUUCUUCAACAGUGACAAUAGUGACAACACCUAUCUUGUAGUCCUGUCAUCUUAUUACUAAUAGAACCCAUGGCGAAUUAGCCUUCCGUGUUGGCCUAUGAACUGCUCUAUUGAUGGCAACAUGCUGAGAGGUUUUGUGUGGCUUAAAAUGAUAAUUGUCUUAUAGGUUAAACUUUGGCACAUAUAGACUAGUUAUACCUGUGGUCAGGGCCGUAGCAAGUGGAGUGAAAGGUGAUAAUGAUUCUAUGGACCCAAAGGUACAGGGGGCCCCACAAAAAAUCUAAACUGUACUUUUUAAUAGGAAAGGGUCCCAGAGCAAUAUACAGUCAGGGGGCCCAGAUUACCUUGCUACAGCCUUACCUGUGGUCUCUGUGUGUUUGGUCAUUGUAUUAUAAGUUUGUGUUUAUGGGGAUUUGUUAUGUUUCACAAACCACAUCUGUCCUCAAAUAGCACAGGCCAGCAUUUUAUACACAGACAUUCAGCUCCUGUCAAGUUCUGCUUUCAGAUGCUGCUUAGAAAACAACUACGGUACACUGAGGCAAACAAGCAACAGGACACCACCUUGUGGUCAGAUGGUGUGGUACAACCUAACGCCUCUAACCCUGCGAUGAAGAAAAACUAGUGUUGUAUUUAAAACAUAGAAAGUAGACUUGUUUUUAGUCUGGUAACUUUGUGUUUUCUCUUUCUCUCUGCAGUUGGUACGACAGAAAAGUGUAUUAAUGAAAGAUGAUUAUGGACUGACCACUGAGGCAGGAGGAAUCAAAGAAAAUGUGAAGAAAAACCGCUAUAGGGAUAUUCUGCCCUAUGAUCAAACCAGAGUCUGUCUGACUCCAACCACAUCUGAAUAUGAGUCUGAUUAUAUUAAUGCCAGCUUCAUCAAGGGUGCCACUGGGAGCAGAACGUACAUCGCCACUCAAGGCCCUCUAAACAACACUGUGGUUGACUUCUGGCGUAUGAUUUGGCAACACAAUGUUAAGGUCAUAGUCAUGGUAUGUAGAGAAAUCGAGAUGGGAAAGAAAAAAUGUGAGGUCUACUGGGCACCAACCACAGAAACAACCACUUUUGGUCCUUUUACUAUUUCAACCUUUAAGGAGUCUCGACCGAAUGAGGAAAUCGUUGUUCGGACGUUGGCAUUAAAAUAUUGUGAUGAAACUCGCAAAGUAUCUCAUUUCCAGUACACGUCCUGGCCGGAUCGUGGUAUUCCAAACAUUCCGGAUGGCAUUUUGGGCAUGAUGGAGCUGACGCGGCAAAAACAGAGCAACCAGACAGACCCCAUAGUAAUCCAUUGCAGCGCUGGCUGUGGCAGAACAGGGGUGAUCUGUGCCAUUGACUAUGUCAACGAUCUACUGCUUGCACAGCAAAUAAAUAAAGAUUUUAAUAUAUUGGACCUGGUGUUAGAGCUUAGAAGACAGAGACCCUCAGCUGUGCAGACUAAGGAGCAGUAUGGAUUUGUCUAUCAUAUGGUUGCUCAGAUGUUUCAAAAGGUCUUGCAAUCUCAACAAAAUCAUACCAAGACUUCAGACUCUUUGUACAUCAAUGCACUCCCGUCAAAGCCAACGCUGAAAUCAGGAUCGUUAGGCAGCAUCGGCACACCUCGAAAAACAAGAAAUCCCCUUCUGAGGCCACAGCUUUCUAAUCCUCUUCCUCAGACCAGGAUGAACGACACUUAUGCCGUCGUCAGCAAGCCCAAACUACAGCCGCCCGCCUCGUCCCCCCCUUUAUUCACCGUCCAUCACUAUGACAAUGCUAAUUUAGAGAAAACCAACAACAAUGCUCUUUACAGCACAGUCAAACCUAAAAACAGACCUGUAUCAUUCAUGCCCCAUACAACCACACCUGUGUAUGACGGAGCAACAGCCAAUCAGACAGGAGGGGUGGGGCCUAAAGGGACAGCCCUUGAAGGUUAUGAGAUAUUGCCAGUUGAAAAUCCUGCAAGCCAGUCCUUUAUAGAUGAUGAUUAUGAAUAUGUGUCGAACCCAGUCAAGGACACCAGCAGCCCGUUUGCCCCUGGCAGUCUGGGUUUCAACUGCCGCGUAAAGAAACCCAAAGGCCCUCGAGAUCCACCGACCGAAUGGAGCCGCACAGAAAGAUGAAACAGCGACAGGUUUUAAGGUUUAAAAAAUCAGUGCAAGCUAGCUUUUCCAAUCACUGCAAGAUCCUGUAGAUAUGCAGCUAUUUUUCUCUGGUUAAUAAAUUCGUUUAUUUAUUUUCAUUGCACUGGGUUUUUAAUAUCCUGUCUGUGUUUUUGUUAAUAUAAUUGUUUUAUUUACGGUUGAAAUUUAUAAUUGAUUUUAUCAUUGCGUAUAUUUCUUGAUUUUUGCAAUGCAAAUAAUUUAAGAUUAACAAUGCAAGUGUGAAUUCUCGUGUAAGAAUAAAGUACUUGUGUGAUUUAAAUGAGUUCAUUUUUUUAAAUAAUUGUAUUGUUUGUUCAGAAUUACUUUCUGAACAACAAAUAGGUGUUACUGAAGUCUAAAUGUAGACAGUUAUGUGUUCAAAUUCAUUGAUAUCAGAAAGUUGCUGAAGUACAGAUAGUGAAGUCAUUUUAAAAGCUUAUUUUCAGUAAUACAUAGUCAUGUUUUCAUUUCUUAUAGAUUUUUUUUAUUUUUUAUUCAAAACAUCAAGGAAAAUAUGAGUUUUCACAAUAUGACCCCUUUAAAUCAAAAGCUUAUAUGUUAAUGAGAUUAAUGAAGUGUGUCUUGUUGUUGUGAUAUAAUGUUAUUUUCAAUAGAGGGCAGUGUUGAGGGGUAAUGUCCCGGCUUGGACCGGACGUAUGACUCAGCUCAGGUCAUUCUAAUAAAGUUAUUUAGAGACA